UCAAACCUUCAACCUAUCUACAGUAUACACAUAACUCAUUAAUUAAUAGUUACACCAAAUAUUCCAAACCCUAAUUAACUUUCAAAGUUGAAACAAUUCAAGCUAGAAAGCCUAAACCUUUUUCAUCUAACUUCAUCUUCUUCUUGGAUCUAGCUACAUCUUAUAGAAGAAAUUAAAGAGGAUCCUCAUGCACGUAAUGCAUAGCAUGAAAGCUGAGCUAAAAGGAGCAUCCUCUAUCUCCUUCCAAAACCACAGCCUUUUCAACACAGCACCACACAGUUCACUCACCGGAGCACUCAAAGGAUGUCUCGGAAGCCUGGAUGGCGCGUGCAUCGAGAAGCUUCUUCUCCACUGCGCAAGCGCCUUGGAGAGCAACGAUGUAACCUUGGCUCAACAAGUGAUGUGGGUCCUCAACAACGUUGCUUCACCAACCGGUGACACAAAUCAAAGGCUCACAUCAUGGUUCCUCAGGGCACUGAUCUCUAGGGCUUCAAGGAUUUGCCCUACAGCCUUGAGUUUCAAGGGAAGUAGCAACAACAUUCAGAGGAGGUUGAUGACGGUUACCGAGCUAGCAGGAUACGUGGAUCUCAUUCCAUGGCACAGGUUUGGGUUUUGUGCUUCAAAUAAUGAGAUUUUCAAAGCAAUUUUAGGGUUCCAAAGGGUACAUAUCUUAGACUUUAGCAUCACUCAUUGUAUGCAAUGGCCUACUUUCAUUGAUGCAUUGGCCAAAAGCCCUGAAGGUCCUCCUUCACUUAGAAUCACUGUCCCAUCUUUUAGGCCACCGGUGCCUCCAUUGGUGAAUGUAUCAACUCAUGAGGUUGGCCUUCGGUUGGCGAAUUUCGCAAAGUUUAGGGAUGUCCCUUUUGAAUUCAAUGUCAUAGGGAACAAUUUAGGUCCCUUAUUAGCACCUAAUAAUUCUGAAUUAAGCAAUGAAUCAACUAGUUUUCAUGUUGAGUCAUUGCUGAGUCUGUUGAAUCCUAGUGUGCUAAACCUUAGGGAUGAUGAGGCUUUGGUCAUAAAUUGUCAAAAUUGGCUUCGUUAUUUGUCUGAUGAUAGAAAGGGAAACCACCGAUGCCUUUCUCUCCGUGAUGCUUUUUUGAGUUUAGUUAAAGGUCUUAACCCUCAGAUUGUGGUUUUGGUGGAUGAGGAUUGUGAUCUUAGUUCACCAAGCCUCACAUCAAGAAUUGCAACAUGUUUCAACCAUCUGUGGAUACCCUUUGAUGCAUUGGAGACUUUCUUGCCUAAGGACAGUUGCCAGAGGACAGAGUUCGAAUCCGACAUUGGACAGAAGAUUGAGAACAUCAUAGGAUAUGAAGGGCAGCAUAGGAUAGAGAGGUUGGAGUCAGGGAUGCAGAUGUGCCAGAGAAUGAAGAAUGCUGGUUACUUGAGCCUCCCAUUUUGUGAUGAAACGGUUAUGGAAGUUAAGGGUUUGCUUGAUGAGCAUGCUAGUGGAUGGGGGAUGAAGAGGGAAGAAGGAAUGUUGGUUCUCACAUGGAAAGGAAACAGCUGUGUCUAUGCCACUGCUUGGGUCCCCAGUGAAACCAGGGAUCCUAUUGUUUUCGAUGCAACUAUGGCAUAAAACAACUCAUAGUAUGACUCAUUUUUCUUAUAUUCAUUAUUCUAUUGUCACAAAAGUAAAUGUAAUUUAGAAUUAUAUACCAAAUUGUGGCGAUAAAGUGAUGAGUAUAUGAUAUUUGACAGAUAUACAUGCAUGCAAACACAUCUGACAUCCCUAUGAUUGUGUUUAUGUCUUAGUUUAGGUAUCAAAUGUGAUGAGUAACAAGAAAAAUGAGUUACGUGUUAUACUGGACACGUCAACAUACAUAACACAUGAUCACAAGAUUCCAAAGUUAAUUUGGGCCUACGAGGGGAUAUGGGUUAUGCAUGCCACAAUGGUCCAUGGAGUGUGGCAGACGAUUUUUCAUCACUUUGUGAAAGUAAAAAAAAAGGCUGCAAAUUGAUACUGAAAUUAUUAUGACAAGAAGGAAGAAGAAGAGAAAAGAAAAAAACGGCUGCAUUUUAAGAAUUGUUUUUCGUGUGGCUAGAUUUGUAAUGAAGCUCAAAUACAUUGGAUCACAUGAAAGGCAAAAAGGAGAUAUGUGUACAAUGUACUUUGUAUGAGACAAAUUAAAAAUUGUCUCUUCUUUGUAUUAUUGUUUUUCUUUUUUAUGCAGCUUUAAUAUUCGUUUCUAUUAUCACAGCCUUAAGUACGGGUAGGUUGUAUGAACUAUGAAGAGGAAAAAAAAAAUCUGUCUUAUUAUAUACUCAGUUCUAAUAAUA